AUGCUUGGAAAUAAUAUUUCACAUAUGAGCUCAACUGAGGUUUUUGACAACCAGGAAGACCUCGAUAUCGAAGUAUUUGAAUCAAAAUACAGCUCUUACAGGCAAUCUGAGACAACAGCAAACAGAAUCGAUUUUCAAAAUGAGGAAAGUUGGAAGGUCAAUAGUAAGAGGAAGUUUGAGCAAACGAAAAAUGAGUCCUCGGACGUUUUGUAUGAUUCUAUUCCAAGAUAUGAAGAGAGCACAGUUACUCUUAAAGAAUACUAUGGCCACUCCAUAAAGAAGGGGUUAACUGCGAAGUCGGCAGGAAACUAUAUUUCCUCCCUUUUUCCCAUUGUGAAAUGGCUUCCUCAUUAUAACCUUACGUGGUGUUAUGCGGAUUUAGUUGCAGGAGUCACAGUCGGAUGUGUGCUUGUCCCUCAAUCCAUGUCUUAUGCACAAAUCGCAAGUUUAUCACCUGAAUACGGUUUAUAUUCCUCUUUUGUAGGUGCCUUUAUCUACUCUUUAUUUGCCACAUCGAAAGAUGUUUGUAUUGGUCCAGUCGCUGUUAUGUCAUUGCAAACUGCUAAAGUCAUUGCUGAAGUUUUGAAAAAAUACCCGCAAGAUCAAACAGAAGUUACGGGUCCUAUUAUUGCYACUGCCCUCUGUUUGCUGUGUGGACUUGUUACCACUGGGUUAGGUGUACUGCGCUUAGGAUUUUUGGUGGAGCUGAUUUCUCUUAAUGCUGUUGCUGGUUUUAUGACAGGUUCUGCAUUUAGUAUCAUUUGGGGUCAAGUUCCUGCUCUUAUGGGCUACAACAAAUUAGUGAAUACCAGAGAAGCAACAUACAAGGUUGUUAUUAAUUCUUUGAAACAUCUACCAGAUACAAAGUUGGAUGCUGUUUUUGGUUUGAUUCCAUUGGUAAUCCUCUAUGUAUGGAAAUGGUGGUGUGGAUCGUACGGUGUAACUUUGGCAAAUAGACAUUACCAGAAACAUCCGAAGAUAGCUAAUAAUUUGAAAUCUUUUUAUUUCUAUGCGCAAGCUAUGAGAAAUGCUGUCGUUAUAGUUGUUUUUACUACGAUAUCAUGGAGUAUCACAAGGCAUAAAUCGUCAGAAGAGCGUCCCAUAAGUAUUUUGGGCACAGUCCCUUCUGGUUUGAAUGAAGUAGGUGUCAUGAAGAUACCCGAAGGCUUGCUAUCAAACAUGAGUUCAGAAUUGCCCGCUUCAAUUAUAAUUCUAGUUUUAGAACAUAUUGCUAUUUCAAAAUCCUUUGGCAGAAUUAAUGAUUACAAAGUGGUCCCUGACCAAGAACUUAUCGCAAUUGGUGUGACAAACUUAGUAGGAACAUUUUUUCACUCAUAUCCAGCAACAGGUUCAUUUUCUAGAUCAGCUUUGAAAGCUAAAUGUAACGUUCGUACUCCAUUUUCAGGUUUAUUCACUGGUGGUUGUGUUUUACUAGCACUUUAUGCUUUAACUGAUGCAUUCUUUUUUAUUCCCAAGGCAACAUUAUCAGCGGUAAUCAUACAUGCUGUUUCCGAUCUAUUGACCUCUUAUGAAACCACUUGGACUUUUUGGAAGACUAACCCAUUAGAUUGUGUCUCAUUCAUUAUUACCGUUUUUAUCACGAUAUUCUCGUCCAUUGAAAAUGGUAUAUAUUUUGCAAUGUGUUGGUCAUGCGCAAUAUUGUUAUUGAAACAAGCAUUCCCUGCCGGAAAAUUCCUUGGGCGUGUCGAAGUCGCUGAGGUAUUAAAUCCAACACUGCAAAAUAACGUUAGUACUGUAGUAUCACUCAAUGAAUCUAAUAAGCAAGUAAAAACUACUGUUGAUGUUUUGCCAACUUUAGAAUAUAAAUUCAGUACAAAGUGGGUUCCGUUUGAUCAUGAAUACUCGCGAGAGUUGAAUCGCUGUGCCAAAAUUUGUCCGCCACCGCCAGGUGUCAUAGUAUACCGAUUAAGUGACAGUUUUACUUAUGUGAAUUGUUCAAGACACUACGACAUUAUAUUUGAUCAUAUUAAGGAGGAAACAAGACGAGGACAGUUGAUAAAUUUAAGAAAAAAAUCCGACCGACCAUGGAACGAUCCUGGCGAGUGGAAAAUGCCACCUUCAUUGAGUACCCUAUUUAAAUUCAAACGAAAUUCGGUGACGGAUAAUGAGGAUCCAUCGGUAUCGAAUGGAGGCAUUAACGGGGGAUCGCAUGAGAAGCCGUUACUGAAAGUAAUAUGCCUAGAUUUUUCUCAAGUUGCCCAAGUAGACUCUACGGCUAUUCAAAGUCUUGUCGAUUUAAGAAAAGCUGUGAAUAAGUAUGCAGACAGACAGGUCGAGUUUCAUUUUGCUGGAAUUAUAUCACCAUGGAUUAAAAGAAGUUUAUCAAGUGUAAGCUUUGGAACUACGAACGAAGAAUUUAGUGACGAAUCUAUAAUUGCUGGUCAUUCUAGUUUUCACGUCACAAGAUUUUCAAGUGAUGAUGAUGCAGAUUAUACUGAUGAAGAUAGCCAUAUAAGUGCACCAUAUAGUAAUUAUGGAACCUUGUGUGCUGCAACUGGUACAAACUUACCUUUUUUCCACAUUGACAUUCCUGAUUUUUCUAAAUGGGAUGUUUAA